AUGGCAGAGAUUAAAGCAAGCAUUGGUGACAAAUCAUUUGCAAACGGUGAAAACGCUCCUGCAAAGAUGCGUGACGCGUUCGAGUGCAUUAGCAGCAUGAUAUGUUCUGGAUAUGGAAAAAUAGCGAAGAAUGGACCUAUACCGGAAGAAGAAUUAGUUUCCAUCAUCAUCGAUAACAUGGGCGAUGCAAGCAAUACGAGUGCGAUGCGUUACUCAGCCAACACCAUAGGGGAGCUGAAAGCAAUGUUAGGAAAAUAUGAACAAAUACGCAUGCUGAAAGAACCUGGUUCUUCUACCCGCGUCAAACCCCAACAAGCUUCCACCACCAGUCCAGAAGUCACUGCCUCAGAAACCCGCUGUUUCAACUGUUCGGCUUUUGGUCAUUUGCGUGACAAGUGCCCAAAGCCCCCUCGUCCACCAGGGUCCUGUUUCCGAUGCUUUCAAACUAGUCAUCUGUACAAAGAUUGUCCAGAACGGAAGAAAUCUUCGACUGCAGUCUUCGCAGCUAAUACGGAUGCAGUUACGAAACUGCAAGAAACACAGGAGGAAGUCCAGCAAGCUUCAUUGAUGAAUCACUGGUCCCUAGAUCAUGUUUAA